ACACAGUCACAGUGUACUCGCUAUGAAACUGCCGUAACGCGCUCAUUCUGCUCCCCCUGCGUCGCGUCACAUUUAGCCUCGCUCAGCGGGCUACAACUAUUGAUUUCAUUCUCUCUGCCCCUCUCUCCCUCCCUCUCUCUCUCUCUCUUUCUCUCUCUCUCUCAUCACUUCUCAUAUUUUCUUCAAGUACUGCAGAGAGAGAGCGCGCGCCGCCGCCGCUGCUGCAUUGAGGAGAACGAGGGAAAAGAAACGCUGAAGAAAGAUCCGCGCUCCCGCGGUCCGGUCCGGUUUACAUGGACGCGCACCCGUGAAAUCCGGACUCGACUCUCAUACAGUCGUUCCUCCUGAUCUUCUUCAUAGUAAAUGAAGCUGCCGGUCUGAGAGAAUCACUCCUCCAUCAGUACCUGCUGUUGACACUUUGCCGGUUCCUCGUUAGCGCGUAAGAAAAGUUCAGAUUUCUCAAUCACCAUCAGCAUCCUCUUGGUAACAUCUGCUGGAAAAUAUGGAAGACCCAUACAGAGACCGGACGUCCCUGGUCAAAGGUGCCCGUGACAUCGCCAAAGAGGCCAAGCGUCACGCUGUCAAAAAGGUCAAUAAAGUCGUAGACCGCGCCUCGGACGAGUACGCGGGCCGCAACUACAGUCGCUUUGAUAAUGACGAAGAGGAAGGUGGAGAUGAAGAUUAUUAUUAUCAGGACGGUCAGGCGCAGCGGGAGGAUGACGAGGGUUCCAGCGACGCCACCGAAGGCCACGACGACGAAGAUGAAAUCUACGAGGGCGAGUAUCAGGGCGUUCCCGCAGGGGGUGGGCUUUCGGACGGGCGUGUCCAGAUGGCGAUGGGACAGUCGGUGCCGGAUGGCAUGAAGGACAGACGAGAGCUGGAAAAAGAGCGAGAGGCGGACGAGGAAGAGCUCGCUCAGCAGUACGAACUCAUCAUACAGGAAUGUGGACACGGACGCUUUCAGUGGCAGCUCUUCUUUGUGCUUGGGUUGGCGCUUAUGUCUGAUGGUGUGGAAGUGUUUGUCGUGGGUUUCGUUCUGCCCAGCGCUGAGGUGGACAUGUGUGUGCCCAAUUCAGGAGUCGGAUGGCUGGGUAGUGUUGUGUAUUUAGGAAUGAUGGUUGGUGCGUUCUUCUGGGGCGGUCUGUCAGAUAAAGUGGGCAGGAGACAGUGUCUACUGGUCUGUAUGUCUGUCAAUGGCUUCUUCGCCUUCCUGUCAUCAUUCGUUCAAGGUUACAGCACUUUCCUCUUCUGCCGGAUGCUGUCAGGCUUUGGGAUCGGCGGUGCCGUUCCGAUCGUGUUCUCAUACUUCGCUGAGUUUUUGGCUCGUGAGAAGCGUGGAGAGCAUCUGAGUUGGCUCUGUAUGUUCUGGAUGGUGGGUGGGAUCUACGCCUCAGCCAUGGCCUGGGCCAUUAUACCACACUAUGGAUGGAGUUUCAGUAUGGGUUCAGCUUAUCAGUUUCACAGUUGGAGGGUUUUUGUUGUCGUCUGCGCUCUGCCCUGUGUCUCUGCUGUCGUGGCUCUGACAUUUAUGCCAGAGAGUCCACGCUUCUAUCUGGAGAUGGGAAAACAUGACGAGGCCUGGAUGGUUCUUAAACAGAUUCAUGACACCAACAUGCGAGCUCGUGGAGAACCGGAGAAAGUGUUUACUGUCAAUCGUAUAAAGAUCCCAAAACAGAUGGAUGAACUGGUCGAGAUGCAGUCAGAGUCUACCAACCCUGUACUCAAAGUCUUAUUCAGAAUCAAGAAUGAACUGCGUGGAAUCUGGCUGACGUUCAUGAAGUGUUGGGAUCACCCUGUCAAGGAAAACACUAUGAAGUUGGCUAUCGUCUGGUUUUCGCUGUCUUUUGGGUAUUAUGGUCUGUCUGUUUGGUUCCCUGAUGUCAUAAAGCACCUGCAGGCGGAUGAAUAUGCGUCUCGAGUGAAGCUCCACAAUAAUGAGAGAACCGAAGAUUUCACCUUUAAUUUCACUCUGGAGAACCAGAUUCAUAAAAAUGGAGUUUUCAUCAAUGACAGGUUCAUUGGCAUGAAGUUUAAGUCGGUGACUUUUGUGGACUCCACAUUUCAGAGCUGUUACUUUGAGGAUGUGACCUCCAUCAAUUCUUUCUUUAAAAAUUGCACCAUCAUAGAGGCGUUCUUCUAUAACACAGAUAUUGAUGACUCAAAAUUCAUCGGCUCUUCUGUGAUCAACUCCACGUUUGCGCACAAUAAGACAGGCUGUCAGAUGACAUUCGAUGACGACUACAGUGCCUACUGGGUCUAUUUCAUCAACUUCCUUGGAACGCUGGCUGUGUUGCCUGGCAACAUCGUCUCCGCCCUGCUGAUGGAUAAAGUCGGACGUCUGAGCAUGUUAGGUGGCUCUAUGGUGUUGUCUGGCAUCAGUUGUUUCUUUCUGUGGUUUGGCACUAGUGAAUCAAUGAUGAUAGCGAUGUUGUGCCUUUAUAACGGACUCAGUAUAUCCGCCUGGAACUCACUAGACGUGGUGACGGCCGAACUUUACCCCACCAACAGAAGGGGGACUGGUUUUGGUUUCUGUAAUGCCAUGUGCAAGUUAGCGGCAGUAAUGGGAAAUCUAAUAUUUGGUUCUUUGGUCGGGAUCACCAAAUCCAUUCCCAUCCUGCUGGCGUCAUCUGUUCUGGUCUGCGGAGGUCUGGUGGGUCUGCGGCUACCCGACACUCGUGCCAACGUCCUCAUGUGACCUCACUGUUACUGUACGUGACCUCUGAACCCUCAGGGUGCGGAGGGAGGUGACCACAUCAUGUGUUGAUUUAUUGGUUUAUUUACAUUUUAUGUUCAGGUGUUUCGACUUGCCUACGGCCCAGGUUAGACUAAAAAGGGUUUAAUGCCUUAGCUACGGUAAAAAAAGUAAAAAGUAAACAUCUGUGUUUUGGACAGUAAGCUGGGCGGAUGAAUUUUUAAUGUCAAUACACAUUCAGCAACUUUAGGUUACCAAUAAAAAUCAGGUGUUUGUUAAUUCUUCAUAAUUUGUUUAUUUGGAAUUAGACAUUAGCGAUAACAGCUUUUAUUGUUAGUGUAGUCUUAUUCACUGGUGACUUCCACCAAAACAUUUCUUAAAUAAUGAACGAAAACAAUAAUCCAGUUUACAUUUUCUGCUUUUUAUAAUGAUUUAAAAGAAACGCAAACGCUCUCUGCUCAACAUUGUCAUUAGUGUAGCUCAAAUAGACUUCAUUCAGUGUCUCUCUUCAGGGUUAAAGGUUUUAAAACAACUCUUAACUUUAACCCCAGCUGCUACGCUUUUCCACGUGCAAAUUCUUCCUCGGAAAACUGAAUGGCCUUCGCUUCCUAUCUGUGCCUCCUGCCUCUGAAAUUCCUCCGUCUCCUGUUGUAGUGAAACAUCGUAUGGCUUAAUGUAACGCGUGUGAUUAUUUUUCCUAAUUCUGCCUUCUCAUCACAUUCCAGACAUCCUGAUGGUUUAUAAAUGCAGUUGUGCAAUAUAAGUGAUGUGGGAGAGAACAUACAGUAUGGCCACAUCAUGAAUAACAAAGCCAUUCAGCCUGGUCUGAGUUCGGACCUCGCAUGCACUGAAUACAUUAAGGCCAGAAACAUACUUCAUGCAACUAUGCAAAUGCAGGUGUCAAUGCUUGCUUAGUGAAUCUGUGUGCUGAUAAAAAUUUUGAUCAUUGCUACUGUUAGACGUCUGAGCCAGUAAACCAGAUGUUAUUCAGGUAUGAAGAUAUAAAGCUAUAGACAUGCUCAGCAAUUCACCUCCAUGAGAAUCUGACGAUUAUAUUGUCCCCUGUAUUCACAUACUUGCAUUAGCGCAGUAUGUUUCAGGCCUGAUGAUCUGAAUUAUAUGUUGUGUGUACUGUAUGUCAGGAAAGUAAAGGAUUUAUUUUGUGACGUAACUUGUAAUGGGCAACACUUGCUGUGUAAAUGUUAUAAAGUGUCGCCCUUUGGAUGAAACCGUUGAACCACUUUUUUAUUGUCAGAUGUGUAUGCAAAUGUCUCAUGUGUACUGUAUGUGUAGAUAGGUGUUGCAUUUAUUAAAACAGAGUCAUUCCUUAAUGUCUAUAGAUGUUUAUUUUGGAUGGUGAUGUGGUUUAGGGGUGUUAUUUAUUUCAGUACUUUUUUUGAAAGGUAAUCUCGAAAUUGGUCAAAUUUUAUGUAAUAAAAUGUUUAUUUUGAAUUUCUAAGCUAAACAUGUGGCCUAUUUGAAAAUAAAAGAGAAACAUUAGGAGUAUACCAUGGUAAAAUACACCCCUGCAUGUGCGUAAUGUUUCAAAGCUUUGUACAUUGUGCUUUCUUGAGAAAUGAGUUUGUUUCUUUAUUGUUUCUUUUAAGAUCGAAUGUAUCGUUAUUGUGAGCGUGUGUGAUGUCGUACUGAAAUGGGUUUUGAUCGGUUGUGUAUCUGGCAUGCCAAAACAAGGAGUCACACAUCCGCCCUGUCGAAUUCAUUUUGUCAAGUGUCUGUGACGUCACUGGCCAAAUGUCUCUGAUGUAUAUGAAUUUAUUUUGAAAAGAGAGAAAAAGUGCCAUGUACAAUGUAAACUGAAGUGAGGUGGAUUCAGUUUGGAUCCAGAUGUACUGCUAUUAAAGAGUUUCAUUGUAAGACUCUAA